AUGUAUGAACAUCUCUGGGGAAAGCAUUGUGCAACACAUCAAAAACAAGGAGCAGAAGAAAGAAUUGCAUUAAUAGAUUAUACAACUGGCAAAAAGUAUACCAGAAAAGAAGCAAGAAAUAUCGUCAUUCGAUUAGCUGCAACUUUAUUGAAAACCUAUAACCUUAAACGAGGCGAUCAUAUUCUCAUCUCUUUUCCUACUUCUUCAACUUUUGCUCUUUUAACUUCGGCUUGCUUUCGUGCGGGUAUCAUUAUGGCAAUGGCAAAUCCUGCUUAUACACCCGAAGAACUUCGUCAUGCUUGUCAGGUAGCAGAUGCAAAAUUAGUCUUAACAGCAACGCCAUUAAAAGAAAGCUUCAUUAAAGCAGGGGUGAAUGAAUCAAUCAUUGUGGAUGCUGUACCUUCAGCGGAAAAUGGUAAAGGUAAAUCAACUUUAUGGAAUAAUCUUGUGGGAUCAGUAGAGGAAUCAGAAAAGAUUUUAGCAAAUGCCGGUUGCAAUAAAUUGGAUUGGAAUGAUCCUUGUGGUAUCUUUUUCAGUUCAGGUACGACUGGAUUGCCAAAAGCCGUCUUGAUCUCAAAUAGAAGCUUGAUCUCCCUUCGUACCGCUUUGACCAGUAUUCCAGGAUGGAAAACAACUCCUGAAUGGAACGAUGGCUGGCCGGCUAACAUGGUGAUCUUUUUGCCGGCAUUUCAUAUUGCUGGUUUGGCAUCUUUGGUCUUAGGAUUAUCCGAAGGUGGAACAGUUUGCUUUGCUCUUUCCAAUCCAAUGGACUUACCAAUGGUCGUCAAAGCUAUUAAAGAGUACAGACCGAGGAUGCAAACUUUUGUUCCUCCGCUAUUGCUAGCCAUCACACGUUUCGGCUUAGCAGGUCCAGAUGGUUUCAAAGGCACAUACGAAUUCAUGUUCAGUGCUGCAGCACCUUUAGGCAAAGGUUUGCAAGAAGAAGCGCAAAAGAAACUCAACGUCAAUAUCGGUCAAUUGUGGGGAAUGUCAGAAACAACAGGAGCAGUGACGGCUUCAAAUCCGCUCAAACAGGCACCAGGCGGAAGUUGUGGUCAAAUCGUAUCGGGCAUGGAAAUGAAGUUUAUCGAUGAAGAAGAUCGAAUUGUACCUCACGGCCAGCCUGGUGAGAUCUUGGUUCGUGGACCUUUGAAUAUGAUUUGUUAUCAUAACAACAAAAAGGCAACAGACGAAACUUUUACUGAUGACGGCUGGCUUCGUACUGGUGAUAUCGGCUUCAUGGACGAUGAAGGCAUUCUGUACAUCGUCGAUCGCAGGAAAGAGCUGAUCAAGUACAAAGCCAUGCAAAUUGCACCUGCAGAGCUAGAAGGCAUUCUGCUAACACAUCCUUCUGUGAUGGAUGUGGGCGUGGUUGGUGUUGUGGGAGAAGAUGCAUCAAUAGGCGAGGUACCAAGAGCGUUUGUCGUUUUACGACCUGAUCAAAAGGAUGCAAAGGAUGCACCUUCCUUCGAUCCAAAAAGCGGUAAAGCUUGUCAACCAAGCAACGGUAAAAAAGCUCAAGAAAUUCAAGACUUUAUCGCUUCCAAAGUUACCAAUUAUAAACGUUUGAGAGGAGGCGUGAUUUUCUUGGAUGAGAUUCCAAAGAAUCCAUCUGGAAAGAUCCUUCGUAGAUUCUUACGAGAUAUGAGCAAGGCCGACGAGAAAGCAAAGUUGUAA